AUGCUCUUGACCACUUUGCUCGAUCCCGCUCCCAUUUUUCCUAUCAACCUUGAAUACACAUGUCAUAAAUAUUUCCCGGCUUCUACGGCUUCUACGGCUUCUACUUAUGUAGCAAAUGUGACUAUACGAACGACCGGAAAACUGUUGUUAAAGAGUUUUCAAAAUUGUAUCGGACUGAACACCAACAAGCACUAUAAGCUUGUGUACCAUGACAAGGACAUACAACCUGAUGAUACGCUUGAAAAGUUGGGAGUCAAGAAAGGAGAUUUAGUAAAGGCAGUCGGUAGUUACUUCAAAAGAUUCAAAAUUAGACCAAUAAUGGUUAUAAAAAUUUAUGUGAACAUAACGAAUAAAAAAACAAUCGAGUUAAAUGCAAGGAGAGAUUGCACAAUUAAGGAGGUUAAGCAAAUGAUCCAGGAUAAAGAAGGUAUCCCCAUUGACCAGCAAUAUAUAAAAUUACAUGAUAAAUUGAAUGAUGACCAGCCCUUGUCGUUUUACAAUAUCGAGGAAGAGUCUACAUUGCAUCUGGAAUACGAAACAAUCAUGAUCUAUGUAAAAUUAAUGGACGAAAAAAACAUAAAGCUGAAAGUAAAUAGAAGUUACACCAUCGAACAGGUUAUUCGCAUGAUCCAAGAUAAAGAAAGCAUUCCCUCUCAUCAAAUAGCUUAUUUUAGUAUUGAUGACGGAGCUAUGUGUCGCUAUGAUACCUCAGCUCGCUUUAGAACCUUUAAUACAACAGCACGUUAUGGGAUUAAAAAUGAGUCCACACUUAAUUUAUUUCAAUCUAAUUCAUUUUCUGGUCUAUUAAAUGUGAAAACACUAAGCGGAAAAACAAUAACUCUACAAGUAGAAUCGAGUAACACCAUUAAACAAGUUAAACAAAAGAUCGAAGACAAAGAAGGAAUCCCUUCUGAUAAUCAACGUCUCUUUUUUUUUAACAGGCACUUAGAAAAUGAGCGUACCUUGUUAGAUUAUUACAUCCCAAAGGGGGCUACUACUCAUCUAAUAUAUAGAGAAUUAAAUGCACCCGAAAAUUUUUCCGGUCCAUAUUCUUUUUCGGUGUUUGUGAAAACUCUAACCGGAAGAUGUAUCAUUCUGGUCGUAAAAUCAAGCGACACCAUUGACGAAGUUAAACAAAAGAUUUGGGACAAGGAAAGAAUCCCUCCUGAUCAACAACGCAUUAUUUUUGCUGGCAAGCAAUUAGAAGAUGGGUGGCCCUUAUCAGAUUAUGGUAUUCGAAAGGAAUCUACUCUUCAUCUUAUACUUAGGUUACGUGGUGGAAUGCUCCAGGAAACCAGUGGUCGCAUAGAAUUUAACGCAUUGCCACCACUUACUCAGUAUACGCUAACGCCUGAAGAACGUCUACAAAAUGGAAUUCAUGCUGGUAUUGCCUGUAAUUAUUGUGGCAAACAUGAAUGGAAAGGGGCGAGAUAUAAAUGUUCUGAAUGUUCUGAUUAUGACUUGUGCUUUGAUUGUAUCACAAUGUCCAACCUGCUUCAUAACGUGCAACAUCCUUUUCUGAAAAUCUUGGAUCCUUUAGACCCAAAGAAUGUUUCAAAUGAUACUUCUAUUGCUUAUGUUACCCCAAUACUACCAGACACGAAAGAGAAAUUGUUGGCUCUGCUACGCGAAGAAGAACGGCGAAGAUUUUCGCCUGAAAUACAAAAAAAAUAUGAUGUUGGGAGCGAUCCUACAAGUGGCAAGGAUUGGAUGGAUGUUACUGAUCAGAUGCAGCAUGAGUUGGUUCGAGAAUUUGGAUAUUCGGAUGAGGCAGUACAAUUAUUGCGGCGUGCACCACAACUUUAUCCGGAUGAUCCUGAAUUCCGUACAACUCAAGUAUAUGUUCGCAAUAAUAUUGCUAACAUUGGAAAUCUCACUGAAGGAAUGCCAACACCUGACUGUCCAUUAGUUCCACUAGAUUCGUCAAUUUUUACAUCAAUAAUUGAUAACAGUAACACUAAUUUACCAAAUUUAGUUCAUCUACGUUCACUUUGUAAAUCAGGACGGCCUCUUGUUCUUAUGGGUGGAUCAUAUACUUGUCCUUUAUACCGGUGUAUAUCACAUGUGCUCAAUGAUAUAUAUAGUCGAUAUAAAACACAAGUAGAUUUUUAUAUGAUUCAAAUUAAAGAAGCACAUGCUUCUGACGUUUGGCCCAUUGGCAACAUUGUAAAUGUCAAAGAACAUCGCACUUUAUCUGACCGUUUAGCUGCUGCACAUGAGAUGGCUAAAAAAACUAAUUUGGAAAUUCCUGUACUAGCAGACACGAUGGAUGAUACUUUCUUAAAAUUAUAUUCACCGUGGCCAUUCCGGUUUUUUGUAGUUGUUAAUGGUAUUUUAAAACUCGUUGGAAUGCCAAAAGAAGCGCGUUAUGACACAACCGAUUUAGUUGAGUGCUUAGAUGAUAUUUUAUGCAACAAAAAAGACAUCUGA